AUGAGUGGCAUUCCAACCAAAGGUGAUGGAGAAAAGCAAGAAGAGAACCUAUUUGGACUCCUGAAGGUUGGCAGCACAAAUCGGAGCAUCUGGCUUGGAAAUCUUGGGAGGCAUAUUCCCUUGGAUUCAAAAGUCAAAGAAUCUACAUUCUCAAACACCGGAACAACAAUAGUACCAGCAGUAUAA